AUGGCAGGCUUCAAAGUCUUCCUUCUCGCUUUGCUCUUCAUCGUUGGUUCCAGUGUGUCGGCCGCCAGUGAACUUCACGUUCCAGAUUGGGAAGACCUUGGUGACUGCGCUCGAACCUGCCUUAGCAACUCCCUCCAUGCUGUUCUGGAUGACCCUGGCAAGAAUUUCCAGAAUGCCAUUUGCGCUGCUCCUUUCCCUGGUGCUCCCCCAUGCCACGACUUCUGCGAUGAUCCUACCUAUAACUCGUCCUUGGACCGUUGUCUCAAGAUCAAUUGCCCCAAAUGGGUUGUAGGAGAGAUUCAGCUUCUCAGCAACCACCUCAUCUGCAACAUCUCCGAGCGUCAGAAUGUCAACUUCAACCGCACUACUGGCAACUGGGAGGUUCACUGGCCCAAGACCUUGAACGCCACUGGCACCGAGACUAUUGUUGUGGACACUCCUCACAAGACUGGCUUCGGUCAUCCUUGGGCUUUUACUGCAGCUCGUCGUGGUGUUCAGGAUGGAUUCCCCGGCUACCACUUCGCCACCGAAUCAACAACCACCCAAGCUGCGCAAGAACCUGCCUCGACCUUUGCCUCUGGUCUCAACGCAACCACCAGUGCAACCUGUCGCUCAAUUGCUACAGCUACCACCUUUGUGUUUAUCACUAUCACCCCUGUUCCAAGCACUAACAUCUCUGCCACCACCAUCGUCCCAUCAACCUCUUGCAGUUGUAACAGCACUAGCACAUUGACCACUCGUGUGUUCACCACAGUGUUGACAACUUCUCAUCCAUUGAUGUCCACACACGUGCCCUCUCACAAUUCAACUCGGGUCAGCACUACGCACUCCACCGCAACCGUUUCCCUUCCACCUUUACACACUGAAACCAACGCAGCAGCAGCUGUCGAUGUUGCAAAGCUGAUGGCUUUUGGUGCUGGGGGUGCAGGUCUGCUGGUGCUUGGACUGUUGUGA